GGUAUAUGAGGGCCUCAGUUCGAGCAACAGCCGGUACUCUAGCCUCGCUGCCUACUUACAUUCACAUACACUAACACAAUCGUACGAACAGGACACAAUGUACACCUACGUGACGGUGGCAACGGUGAUUGGUCUGAUAUUGUCGGUAUCUGCGCAGCAGUAUCAACAGAUCGACGAUUAUGCCGAUUAUCAGGCACCUAGGCCAGCUCACCCAACGCCAAGAAGUUAUUCGUCGGAUGCAGCACCGGCUCGACAACAAGCAGCAGCACCGCCAAGUCCAAAACCAACGCCGGUGGCCAUUUUGAAGCAAAUCAAUAGACACAACGAGGAUGGUUCUUAUACGUAUGGUUUUGAAGGAGCCGACGGUUCUUUCAAGAUCGAAACGAAAUUACCAGGUGGUGAAGUAAAGGGGAAAUACGGAUUCGUCGAUGACACUGGAAAGGUCCGAGUUGUGGAGUACGGAGCGAAUCAAUACGGUUUUCAACCGGCUGGCGAAGGUAUUACAGUGGCUCCGCCGACCUUGGUAGAUGAAACAACGAGCAAGGAGGCUCUCCAAGGUCAAAACUAUCAGGAUUACGACUAUCAACAGGCUGCCAGACCUCAACCGGCUCAAGCAGCCAUUCCGCGUCAACCUCAAUACCAACCACCACCUCAAACGCACACCCAAGCUGUUUAUGCACCAGCACAACAGGCUCCUUCGCAGCCGGCUUUACCAAAAGCACCGAUCUUCUCUCCAACGAUUCCUCGUCAAUCACCUUUACUACAACAAUCCUACGACGAACCAGUACCAACUUCUCAGAUUUACAAUCAAGGUCCCGCUCAGUUUGGUCCGGCUCCAGUUCAGGAACGAGGUCAACCUCAAACGCGUAGUCAAAGUGGCGGUAUCCUUGAUCAGCUUGCUAGAGAUUACGCUCUACCGCAAGGAGUAGCGCCGCCAUUGCACGAUAUUAGCUUCGGUUAUUACUAGCUCGUCUAGUCUAAUAUCAUUGAUUCUAUGACUGCCAGAAAUCAUACAGUGCAUUUUCUUUUAUUUUCUUUUUUUUUUUUUUUUCUUACUUUCUCCCUCCUAAUUCACACUUAGAGAUUAGGGAUCUCCGCGUCCUAAAAAAAAAAAAAAAAGAAUGGAUUCGAGGACGGUACGAUAAUGAUGGACGAGUGAAUUUUGUUUGCUCGUGAUUAUUCUCUUUACAAUUUACUAUCGGAACUAUUAUGUUCAGGUUUCAUUAAGAUUGAUCGAUUGCUCUUAAACAGAGAGAGAAAGAGAGAGAAAGAGAAGGGGAAAUAUCUCGAGGUCAAUCGGUAAAGUUGAUUUCUGUUUAUUCUUUUUUCUUUUUUUCUUUCUUUUCUUUUCUUUUCUUCUCUUUUCUUUCUUCUUUUCUUUUUCUUUUUUUUUUUUUUUUUUUUUUUUUUUUGCUUUCUAUGAACUCUUGCGAAAGCAACAAGCAUCAAGAUCAAAUGUGUAUAGUGAGGAGCCUUGUUCCGAUAGUAAACGUUUGUCCGUGAAUGAUAAUCCUUUCUUGGGACGAUUAGAAUUAUAUUAACACGUAUUCUUGCCAUUUAUGCCAAACUUCGUAAAUAAUAUGAAUUAGACGAAGCGGAAAAAUGGAUUCGACAAAACAAUAUAAUUAGUUCAUUAUGAAAUAGUUUAAUUCGCACUGUAUAAUGCUCUUUAUGAGAAAAGAAAAGAAAAGAGAAAGGAAAAGGACACGAGUAUUGUUGUGUUCUCGAGUCACGUGGGAGCACCACGUCUCUCAUCCAUUUUAUCGUUAGGUUAUUUUAAUGUAAUUAAAUCGAAAUAAAGAGAAGAUCAUUAAUAAAACAAAUAUC